AUGUCCCCGAACUGUCCUCCAACCCUACUGAUGGGUGGUUCAGUUGAGCCUAGAGAGUCUCCAGAUCUCGAGGAACGGCCACAGUUCUCCGAACCUCCAGUGGGUCAGACUAGUCGCAGGCAUAAGAUGCGUCGAACGUUGGGGUCUGUCCGUAGAGGAGUUCCUCCACGAAACUUCACUGAUCCAAUAGUCCGAGUUAACAAGGAUGAAGCUUACGGCAGCAUCGUACCCUCGACCGCCUUCUCCAAUUUGUCGCCAUUGUCGAACGUAUCUGCUUUUGAAGUGGACGGUGCUCCUACCUUCAACUCCAGUCCUCUCAUUUACACUGGCCCUCAACAUCGCUUCACUGUGCCCAAACGAGUAUCUGUUGCCCCUUCGGAUCCAGCGACAACAAGUUCCGACAAUGACCCCAGAGUGUUCACCGACGACGACUCUAUGGACUUCCAGAGUGACACUGCAUAUGAUUCAUUAGCUACGCGAGCCACGGCGAGCAGUCAUUCUGGGUUCCGGCCGCCCAAAAUAGAGACCAUUUUCGACGAAGUGUCUGUGGUCCAGCAACAUGCCGAGGCAUCAGUUAUAGAAGACCUGAUGCAACGCACCACGCUGGAUGAUUUUGGCACAACCCGGGGGGAAGGAAAGGAAUCGUCCACAGAUAUUGGCAAGGGCAUCAGCACAGUUGCAGACAAUGUCCGUGCAAGAGACGUGAGUCCGAACCAGGCGUCCACACCGGCCAAAAGCCCCAUGUUGGAGGGGGAGGAUUUUAUUUCAACACCAGUACCGAGAAAAGGGCCUUGUAACGGCCCCAUUCUAGGGUCCUCGCCUCCAUCCAUGCGUCCGACCGCACGCAGCCACUAUGAAGAGCCCGAACUACCUCGACUAAUGGACCUGGACAAUGACGAAGACAUAGACUGGUCUCCAAAGGAUGGCCACGAUCAUGCGGUGUUAGCAGAGCGCUCUCUAGUCGUCCCGGCGCCGCAACUUCGUUUCGAGCAAGACGGCGAGGACGAUUUUGAGGAACAAGCUUCCACCAAGAGAUCUUCGAUCUUCGAUUGGUCGGAACAAAUCCACUUUGGGAGUGAUCAGUCGAACGGAGUGAGCCCUCGACCGAAGACAGUUCAUGGCAAACAAAACACCAAUGCCAGUCGCAGUCGACCGUCGGGACGUAAAAGCAACGCCACGAUGCACCUUCGCAGUCAGAGCGUACCGGUCAAUCGAGAAAGUCUGACGGAAGGCGAGUUGGCAUCAUCGGCAUCGAAAUUUGGGACGUGGGCGCUCGGCACCAAGCCGGUGAGUGAGGAAUGGAGUGAUGACUUCGAGUUUGAUGACGCGGAUGAGGUGCAGAGUAUGGGCAAUGUCGUCAACAACGCAAGGGCGAUGAAACAUGAAUCGGUUCGGAGUGUCAAGGUGCCGCAAUCCAUCAUCGACCGGCAGCAGAGCGUCCACAUCCAAUUCGGCCAAGUCAAGGAGUUUAUGCUUCUGGUUGAAGAGCUUAAGCGACUCCGAGCAAGAGGUGUCGGUCUCGGCUUAAUUGAAAGCAACUCGAGACAGCUCUGGGAAGAUGCAGAAAGCAUUAUUGAUCUGGCGACGCUUAAUGAUGAUGAUGAGACCGGACCCCGACCGUCCUCGCCAGUGUCGUCUGAUAUUUUCGGCGAGGAAACACCUCCAUCCAAACGAGGGGAAGAGGAAGACGCUGGCAAGGGUGGCGAAGGAGUGAGAGCAGUUAAUCGACGCUCGAUCUCCAGCCCAGGCACGCCUCCAUCCGGACGACCCCGAGGGGAGAGUUUGCAGACCAAAACAUUCCUGCAGACCAUACAACAGAGUCGGAAUGGAAUAGAAUCCUCACCAGUGGAGUGGUACACACAUCCUCGGGAGAAAUUGCCAUUCGACACACAAGACCUACGAAAUCUCGUCGUGAGAGCAGGGGUCAUCACGCGAGCAUUGAAGGAGAUAAUCCGCAAAGCCGAGGGUGUUUCGCUCAGCCCCGAACCGCCUGUAAACGCUUUACAAGACCCGGUCUUUCGGCAAAUAUUCGAUCCCCCGGGUUCAUCCCCGAGUCCAGGAGUGAGAAAGCCUGGACUGCCGAAGAGCAGAAGCGCUAAUAGCUACCUUGACGGGGCAGACCCCAACAAUGAUCACGACCUUCCGCAGCCAUUGAGUUUGACCAAGGUGGUGGAGGCGGUUUGA